GGGAGCCCACCACGGCGGCAGAGGCCUUUUGGAAAAUGCCACACAAAGAUGAGUUGAUGCACAGCGCGGCGAUGGGUGGUGGUGGGUUGUUUGGUUGUUCGUCUGCUGGCCACAGUGGAAUCAAUCAGCUUGGUGGAGUCUACGUCAACGGGAGACCCCUACCAGACUCCACCAGACAGAAGAUCGUGGAGCUGGCGCACUCUGGCGCGCGGCCCUGUGACAUCAGCCGGAUACUGCAGGUCUCUAACGGAUGUGUCUCCAAGAUACUCGGCAGGUACUACGAGACGGGGUCUAUCAAGCCUCGCGCGAUAGGCGGCUCCAAGCCUAGAGUGGCCACCACACCCGUGGUGCAGAAGAUAGCUGACUACAAGAGGGAGUGCCCGUCGAUCUUCGCGUGGGAGAUAAGAGACCGUCUGUUGAGUGAAAACGUGUGCAAUAAUGAUAACAUCCCUAGUGUAUCAUCAAUAAACCGUGUGUUGAGGAAUCUAGCAUCACAGAAAGAACAGGCAGCGUCCGCACAGAACGAUAGUGUUUACGAGAAGCUGAGGAUGUUCAAUGGCCAGGCAGCCACCGGGUGGUGGUACCCUGGGCUCCCCACAGCACCCGCAGCUCCUACCAUCCCACCCCCGUUGCCUCCGCAGUUAAACAGACCCGCGGAAGAGCUUAAAAGAGGGAAACUCCGAGCAUAGCGAUCUCCAUUGCCCUCUUAGCGACCAUAACCUUCCUCAAAGGGCCCACCGUUAGAUCACCC